AUGAUUGCCAUCGGUCUCGAGGGCAGCGCCAAUAAACUGGGAGUUGGUGUCAUUUCGCAUCCUCCGAAUGGGAAACCGGCACAAAUACUUUCAAACAUCCGUCAUACCUUCGUGUCCCCUCCCGGAGAGGGCUUCUUGCCCAAGGACACGGCGAAACACCACAGGUCAUGGGUUGUCAAGCUUGUCAAGCAGGCCAUGAGCCAAGCCGGAGUAGCCAUUAAAGAUGUCGACUGUAUAUGCUACACAAAAGGGCCUGGAAUGGGUGCCCCUUUGCAGAGUGUGGCUGUAGCAGCGCGUAUGCUCGCUCUGCUGUGGGAGAAAGAACUUGUUGGUGUCAACCACUGCGUGGGUCAUAUCGAAAUGGGACGUGAGAUCACAGGUGCCCAGAAUCCGGUAGUCUUGUAUGUGAGCGGAGGAAACACCCAGGUCAUCGCGUAUGCAGAGCAACGGUAUCGGAUUUUUGGGGAGGCACUUGAUAUUGCUGUAGGAAAUUGUCUGGAUCGAUUUGCCCGCACCCUCGAGAUCAGCAAUGACCCUGCUCCGGGAUACAACAUCGAACAAUUAGCAAAGAAAGGGAAGGUUCUCUUGGAUAUCCCAUAUGCGGUGAAGGGAAUGGAUUGCUCUUUUGCAGGAAUUCUUUCCAGCAUCGAUAUACUUGCGGCAGAACUAAAAGCGAAUCCGAAUCAAAGAGAUCCAAUCAGUGGAGAAUUGAUCACGACUGCAGACUUGUGCUUCAGCCUGCAAGAGACAGUAUAUGCAAUGUUGGUGGAGAUUACCGAACGAGCUAUGGCACACGUCGGCAGCAAUCAAGUGCUGAUUGUUGGAGGUGUGGGCUGUAACGAAAGACUUCAGGAGAUGAUGGGAUUGAUGGCAAAGGAUAGGGGAGGAAGUGUAUUUGCAACGGACGAACGUUUCUGCAUCGACAAUGGAAUCAUGAUUGCCCAUGCUGGAUUGCUGGCGUACGAGACAGGCUUCAGAACACCUCUUGAGGAAAGCACCUGUACCCAACGAUUCAGAACAGAUGAAGUCUUCGUUAAAUGGAGGGACUGA